AUGACAGACCCUCCACCUCGAUAUGUUUCCAUUGCUCCCCUACUCAAAAAGCUCUCCGCCCCUCCACCGCUAGACAACAGUGUCAAGGCAGAGGACAUUGCUCUUGCAUUUUCCCGCACCUUUGAGAACGAACUGAACGGAACCCAGACCGCCGCAUUGUUGACCCUUCUCCACUCUACGGGCCGAGAUCGACACCCUGAUGUUAUUGCGAAAUGCGCGGAGAGCAUGCGCAAUGCCGCCAUUCAGGUCAAGAGCAAGGAAUUACGGGCGGUGGUGAAAAAGAGGAAACGUGGACUUGGGACAUACCGAGGAGGGCUUUGUGAUAUUGUAGGAACGGGAGGAGAUUCACAUUCGACCUUCAAUAUAUCAACUACUUCCUCUAUCAUCGCUUCUCCAAUCCUGCUGAUGGCCAAGCAUGGCAAUCGUGCGCAAACAUCCAUGUCCGGAUCUGCAGAUGUGCUCAAUGCUAUUGUCCCCAAAGCCCCCAAAAUCGAGGCCCUCACUGCAGAGAGGCUCCCAGAGGCCUAUGAGCACACCAACUACACUUUCCUGUACGCUCCCAACUUCCACCCGGGCAUGAAGUACGCUGCGACGGUCAGGAGGGAACUGGGUCUGCGAACCAUUUUCAAUCUGAUGGGACCGCUUGCAAAUCCCGUUGAACAACACAUCGAAGCUCGCGUCGUUGGCGUUGCGUACCAAGAGCUUGGACCGGUUUUUGCACAGGCGCUGUUGUUAUCUGGUGCUAGAAAGGCCCUGGUGGUAUGUGGCCAAGAGGAUCUCGAUGAAAUCAGCUGUGCUGGGAAAACAAAUUGCUGGUUGUUGAGGGAAGCGCCAAAUCCGAAAUACAAGGGUGAUCCAGAUGAUGAUGAGGACUAUGACACAAGUGAUGAUGAGAUCGCUCCUCGAUACGUUGCCAAAGUUGAAAAGUUCGCAAUUGGACCAGAUGAUUUCGGUCUACCAUCGCAUCCCCUCUCCGAGGUAGGCGGAGGCAAGCUUCCUAAGCAAAACGCCGCUGUCCUGAUGAGUAUCCUUCGCAACGAGCGAAGCAGAGACGAUCCUAUCUUGCACUUCGUGCUCAUGAACAUCGCAGCAUUGCUAGUGAUCAGUGGCGCCUGUGAUGCAGACACAUGCGAAAGCGGGGAGGCCAUCAGGGAGACUGGUCCUGCAGGUCUAAGAUGGAAAGAAGGUGUAAAGAAGGCCAGAUGGUGUAUAGAAAGCGGCAAAGCCCUCGAGGAAUUUGAAAAGUUCAUAGAGUUCACCAACAGACUAUAG